AGCUGCGGGUCUAAUCUAAAUACGCCUCAACUCUACAAAAGAUUAAAUUUAAAGUUUUUUAUUAAAUUCAUUUGAAUCUGUCAAUUAUGGAGGUAGAUAUCAAAGUGGAAAUUAAAGAAAUAGUAUUGCUAAAAGAAAUUGGAUUCGGCUCCUUUGCCGAUGUCUACAGUGCAAUCUAUCCCACUAAAUUUGGAGACAAGAGAAUUGCGGUCAAAAAGCUGAGACACUCACCAGAAUCUAUCAAAAAGCUUGAACGAGAGCUAAUAAGUUUAUCGCGUCUGGAACAUCCAAAUAUUGUAACAUUAUACGGUAUCUCGAUAAAUUAUGAGAAUAAAUACUGCAUACUGUUAGAGUAUGCAGAGUGCGGAUCUCUCUACCAUUUCUUGCACAGUGGGAAACACGAAGAAACUACUGUUUCAGAUAUUCAUAAACUUUUUUGGAUGCUUCAAUGUGCCAAGGGUAUUGCGUACUUGCAUGAAAAACAUAUAGUCCAUCGGGAUCUCAAAGCAGCCAAUAUAUUGCUUUAUAACAAUUUUCAUACACUGAAAUUAUGGGAUUUUGGCAUUGUGAAAGAAAUUGCAUCGAAUAAUAAAGCAGACGCAGUAACCGCAAAUUAUAUGGCACCAGAGGUUGCAAUCAGAGGUAAUUACGACACAAAGUGCGAUGUUUAUAGUUACGGAAUUCUUUUCUGGGAGGUAAUGUCAGGAAAAAAGCCUUUUUACAACUUCGGAGACAUUGCCCCCUUAGUUAUACUACAUAAAGUCAUGCAGGGUAAUCGUCCAAUAAUGAGUGACGUCCAAGGUUCAGAAAAUUUGGAUUGGAUAAAAGAAUUGAUAAAUCACUGUUGGCAUGCGGAAUCAAAGAAACGACCGACAAUUCAACAAGUAUUAAAAAUUCUUGAAUCUUUUGAAUUUGAAAAGAGUCUCCCCAAUAUGGAAAUAUCGGAAACGUAUGACAGCGUGGAUGGAGAACACCUGACAUUUAAUAGAGUUCAUUGGCAAGAUAUUUUAUUAGAUAAGCAGACUAUUGGAAUUGGCAAAUUUGGGGACGUCUACAAAGCCAAAUGGAAAACUACAGAUGGCGAAAAGACAAUAGCGGUCAAGAGAUAUGGAAUUCCUGGUAAUGGAUAUAUACAACUUGAGAGAGAGUUCAAGUACCUAUCGCGUCUUAACCAUGAUAAUAUUAUAACAUUAUAUGGCAUGAGUGUAGAUAAUGAUAAAAGAGUUUUCCUACUAAGGGAGUAUGCGGAUUGUGGAUCACUUGAAGAUGUCCUGCAUGGAAAUGAAGGAAAUACGAAAUACUCAUACUUUGAAGCCUUGAAAUGGAUGCAUCAAUGUGUCAAGGGUAUGGCUUAUAUGCAUGAACAUAAUAUUACCCAUCGUGAUUUGAAACCAACAAAAUUGCUAUUUGUGGACGAUUUUCAAAAACUAAAGAUUUGUAGCUCGAUCAGCGUGCCUGAAGUGAUAACUGGGAUGACUAACGGAUUUGGCAGUGCCCCGUAUAUGGCUCCAGAGGUCAUAACUGUGUCCCAAUACACGGCAAAGGGCAAUGUUUAUAGCUUUGGGAUUAUUCUCUGGGAGGUUAUGUCAAGAAGAAGACCAUUUUCCAGUCUGGAUUCUCCCAUGAAAAUUAUAAGUGAAGCUUGUAAAGGUAAACGUCCUGAUCUGAAUGAUGCUAACAUAUUUAUGCAUUCCAAUCCGAUAAAAGAUUUGAUCAUCAAGUGCUGGGAUUCAGAUCCACAUAAGCGACCUACUAUGAAAGACAUAAUUUCGUCGCUUGUCAAAAUAUUACUAUCAGCAUAAUGCAUGUGGUAAGGUUCAAAGGUUCCAUCAGAAUGUAUUUUUUAAAGGUGUUUAAAACGAAUAGUUCUCGAACCAAUAUAAAGACAA